ACUGUACAGACAAGGUGAGCUGUAGUGAGUACGAGGAAGGGAUGUGUACUAGCCCAUCCUACAAGGCAUGGGCCGCCAGUAACUGUGCUGCCUUCUGCAACAUGUGUGGAGACAGGCGUAAACGGUCUGUGUCUAAUCUGAUGGCAACACUGGAGAACUUGGAGCCAAGUCUGAGAAUCCGCAACAGACCACCUUUCGUCUCCCAGGUGGAGCCCAGACUUGUCUCUCCAGCACAGAUUGCAACACUUGUUGAGACCAGACACCCUGAACCCAGGCAGUUGUCCCCAGCAAAGGGACCAAUGUUGGUGACCGAAGAGUCUAAGGAAAUGUUGGACAUUCACCCUGAGGAGCCCCAUGAAAAUGACUUUGUCCCAACACCAGUGAGGGUCGGAGUGGACGUUGUACCAACACCAGUGAGGGACGAAACUGAUCUUGUACCGACACCAGUGAAGAACGGAACGGACAUUGAACCUAAACCUCAGGAGGACAUGGUGAAUGAGCAGCAGUCCAAAGAGCUAUUCCCUGGUCUUGUACCUGUCACCGUCUCACAAGUGCCGUUAGAGACAAAGGAGAGAGUUCCAGGGAAAGAUUCCCAUAUGUCUGACCUACCAAACAUCGAGGAGGGCCAGGCACCACUUGCUGUGCCUGCUCCCAAAGUAGACCUUGAUCAACUGCCUCCACAGCAGAAUAACUUUGAGGUUGGUCUCUUUGAAUCGACCGAAGUCACAGGACAUCAGGAAGUUGGGUCAAAAUAUGAGGGUAAAGGGGUUACCGUCGCCAUUCAGGAACUUGAAUCUGAGGGCAGAGAUGGCAAACUAUUGGUGCAGGAACUAGACGCACUAAAGGAAAUAUGAGAUGGUAGACAGAGAGGAGAUGACAAAGUUUUAUUUAAACCGAUUCCUGAUUAGAUGAUUAUCCUUGAAAUGAUUAGCAUGGCGCUGUACAACUUAAACAUCCGCAACAUAGAGACAACAUAUAACCUGUCGUUCCACAAGCCUGUCACUGGGUGAGAAGUGUGGUCAUACAUCGAAGAGAGCGAAGUUGGCACUCCAGCGAUUAGUAUCACGUGGUAAUGCAAGUGAUGACAAAGUGGCUUUAUGACUUUAAGCGAGUUUAUGUAAAGCAUUUGUAGUGCUUUUCAUCCAGAUUUUGCCAAAAUUACUAAGUGGCUAUAAACUUUCAAAACUUACAAUCCACAACCUAUCUGGAGUGUUAAUAAACAAUGGAACUCUACAAUUAAUCAACGUUCAAUCUACAACUUAUCUGGAGUGGUUAUAAAUAUUAU